GUAACCGGAAGUGGUAUGUCAAAAAUCUGUUACCUUUGCGAAAGGAAUUUUUUUACCCUGGGUACUUAACUAACCCGGAACUUUGAAUUAAACAAACUAUCCAAGAAAGCACAUCACACAGUUUUGAACCUGUUUGGUACCAAGUUCCGACAGUAAUCUUUGAGUGGGGACUUUUUCAAGGCUGACUUUGCGCCUUCUGUGUGGAGAACAGACGGCUGCAAAUGUCCCUCGCUCCGAAGGCAACGGUUCCUACGGGAGAGAAACCCUCGACUUACAUUUUCUAAUCAGCCAGCGUGUUGGAGUCCACAAGUGCCAAAAUGCCGCAGCAAAAAGACAUUGUGAAGAUAGCCAUCCAGAUGCCAGGGGCCUACCCCCAGCUCAUACGACUGGACCAGAAGAAGCCUCUAUCUGCUGUUAUAAAGGAGGUCUGUGAUGGCUGGAAUCUCCCAGGUCAUGAAAACUACGCGCUUCAGUAUGCCGACGGAGUGCAAACAUACAUCACCGAAUCGAACCGUCUAGACAUUAAGAACGGCUGCAUUCUGCGUCUAACCAAGGCCCCGGGUCGCUGUGCUGAGGAUUUGUUUAAGGGCAUCCAAAGCAUGGACCUUGGAGUGCGCUGCGAUUCGUUGAAACAACUCGCCUGCGUUUCCACGGACGUGACCUUCGCGCAGGAGUUCAUCAGCCGAGACGGACACCUCUUACUGGUCAAGAUUGUGGAAGACUCAAACGAGAGUGCUCUGAUCAUGACCCACACACUGACCGCCUUCAUGGAGCUGAUGGAUCACGGCAUAGUGUCCUGGGAAAACCUCUCGUCAAUCUUCAUUGAGAAGAUCGCUUGCUUCGUCAACGCCAAAGUGGGCGACGCGUCGAUCCAGCAGGUGUGUUUAGACAUCCUGGAGAGCAUGGUCCUUAGCAGCCACAGCCUCUUCCUGCAGGUCAAACAAGUGGUGACCAUGGAGAGGCUCAUUGCUCACCUCCAGAUGACUAAUCAGCAGAUUCAGACCAAAGCUAUGGCUCUACUUAUGGCUCUGUUGCAGACAGCCGGGGAUGCUGACAGACAGGAAAUGUUUGCAUACCUGAAUAAGAAGAAUCUCCGUCAGUACAUUUACAAGAAUAUCAUCCACAGUUCAGGUUCAGUCCAAGAUGAGAUGGCCCACUACCUGUAUGUCCUCCAAUCAGUGACUUUGAAUCAUCUGGAGCCGCGAAUGAGGACGCCACUGGACUGUUACAGCCAGGAGCAGCGAGACAUCCUUCACGGUCUGCGGCAGGCAGCCUUCGAAACGGAGAGCGAGAACAGUCUGAGUCACGAGAGACGUCGUUCUCUCUGCGCCAAAGAGUUCAAGAAGUUGGGCUUCUCUAACAAUAGUAAUCCUGGCCAGGACUUGGUGCGAACACCCCCCGGCCUUCUAGCUUUGGACACCAUGUUUUAUUUUGCUGCACGCAAUCCUGAUGCUUACAGCAGGUUUGUCUUGGAGAAUAGCAGCAGGGAGGACAAGCACGAGUGUCCUUUUGCUCGCAGCAGCAUCCAACUCACGCUCAUCUUGUGUGAAAUUCUUCGUAUCGGGGAAGCUCCCUCCGAGACCGGCUCAGACUACCACCCCAUUUUCUUCAGUCAGGACCGGCUGCUGGAGGAGCUUUUCUGUGUGUGCAUCCAGCUGCUCAACAAGACGUGGAAGGAGAUGAGAGCCACACAGGAAGACUUUGACAAGGUGAUGCAGGUGGUGAGGGAGCAGAUCACGCGCACUCUGUCCACCAAGCCGACCUCCCUGGAGCUUUUCAAGAACAAAGUGAACGCGCUCAACUACAGCGAAAUCCUCAAAUUGCGGCAGACCGAGCGACUACACCAGGAAGAGACACUGGCCCCGCCCGUACUUGAACUGAAAGAACGUCUGAAGCCGGAGCUGCUUGAGUUGAUCCGCCAGCAAAGACUCAACAGGCUUUGUCAGGGGACUAUGUUCAGAAAGAUCAGCAGCCGACGUAGACAAGACAAACUGUGGUACUGUCGUCUGUCGCCCAAUCACAAAAUGCUGCAUUACGGCGACCUCGAGGAGGACUCGGACACUCCACCCAUUGAAACACUGCAAGAAAAGAUCCCGGUGGCAGACAUCAAGAAUCUGCUGGUGGGCAAAGAGUGUCCUCACAUGAAGGAGAACAAAGGCAAACAGAACAAGGACGUGUUGGACCUGGCGUUUAGCAUCACCUAUGACGUGGAGGAGUACAGCCUCAACUUCAUCGCCCCCUCAAGGACUGACUUCUGCCUGUGGACAGACGGACUGAGCGUCCUCCUCGGUCGGGAAAUGAGCAGCGAAUCCAUGCGCAGCGAGUUGGACAUCCUCCUCUCCAUGGAGAUUAAGCUUCGCCUCCUGGAUUUGGAAAACAUCCCCAUCCCAGAGAAUGCGCCCGUCGUCCCCAAACCACCGAGCAACUACAACUUCUGCUACGACUUUAGUCAAACUGAACAAUAGAGGGCGCAUCACAAAUGAGCGGCUGUGUAAAUAUCUGGUUUGCAUGUGUGUGAGAGAGAAAGCCAGAAGGGGAUCUUUUGUUUGUGUGUGUGAGGCUCUGAUGUACACGUUUGUUGCAAAUGUUCACGAGCUUCAACUGCUGCUGUGCUCAUCUUCAAAGGGGAAGUCAACCCCCAAAUUUCAUGACAAUAAUAUGUUGUAUGAACCCCCGCUAGUCUAAACAUGGCAUUCUGAUUAAUCUUGCGUUUGUGGAAUAUGAGUUACAAUCCACCCGUUUUAGGCCACCUCAACGGGCGGCCAUUUUGCCGCUCGCUGUCAACAGAAAAUGACAUCACAGUUGUUCAGGUACCAACCAAUCACAAGCCAGUUUUCAGAAAACUUAAGCUAUGAUUGGACAAAACGGGUGGGCUCCUAUUCCACAAACACCACAAUCUUAAUUAGAAUGCCAUGUUUCGAUUGGGGGAGGCGCGUCGAACAUAUUGUAAAGAAAGUUUUGGGGUUAACAUCCACUUGCUUGACUGAACCUCACAAUUUGAAGUGCAAUUUCACUUUUUUAACCAAUCAGUUGCAAAGUUUCAUAGGACUCAAUGAAAUGAAUGAAAAUCGACCUUGUUUUGUGGAAAAGUGAGAAUUAAGCCCUUACUCUUUUUAUACAGUACAGCUGUACUUUAAAUUUGUUAAAUAAAUACCGUUUUCUUAUUUUUCCAUGAUAAUUUCGGGCCCCUUGUAUGGAAUCAUCCUGCAUGCAAGUCAUCAUAUUGAGGUUUUGCACAUGCUGUCCCUUAAAGAAAACCAAAUAUCUUUCUCUGCUUAAUCUUUACUAGAUGUAAAUUGAAUUAGCCCUUUUUGAUCCAACUUACAGUACAUUUCAUCUACACAAUCGCAACCAAGUCUUGGCUAAUUCUCUGCAUCAAGAAAAAAAAUAGGUACUUUAUAUAUUUACACGCACACGGAUGUAGAUGACCAAAAUUAUCUCUGUCACUAUGCAAACGCUUAGAAAUUUUAUUUUUGGGGGGUAACAGGUUAUGAAUGUUUUGGUUCACAAAGUUUGAACAGAAACAUGUUUUUUUGUUCCAGUGCUUUAUAUAAGCAUAUACAAUCAAUUCUGGUGCAUUGUACAAUUUUAAAGCACUGUAAUGGCCAGUAAAACCAACAAAACAGAUGGGCUUUAAUUAGGCAAUUAUAACAGAAAGUCCCACAGAGACUGAAAUAAAAUAAAAAUAUGAAAUUAUUUUAAAAAGCUAAAAUGGUAGGAGCACGAAUGUUGAGGCCACUUUGCCCCCCUGAUGAAUACCUGCAUUGUCCUGACAAAGACUCUGACAUUACCUUUGGACUUAAUCUGUGUAUUUGUACUUCAC